UGAUGGAAAAACCUUUUCGUGUGUGAGGGUUUAAACGUACGCUUAAUGAUCUGGCGAUGGGCAUGCCUGAUGCUGGCAGGGAUUCUAAAGGAAAUUCUUCUACAGUCUGGAAGGCAGGCUCCGAGCUCAGCCUGAAAACCCCGUCCGGUGCCUUCUCGGAAUCUUUUUAUUUGUGUAGUGGGCAGCGCUGCGAUUUCUUGCUUCGUCGGAGCGUCGGUAUCGACUGUGAGCUUUUAUAUAUUCCUGGCACCGUUAGAUCUUCCUUUGUGCUUCGUGCAUUGGCGUGAAGGUUGACCCCACUAGACAUUGAGGCUGGCAUGCUCCAUCGUGAAAUGAUGAUGUAAUGAAAUACAGACUUGUAUAUAAUUUUAUGUUGAAAUGCCCUGAAUUUGUUGUGUGAAACUGGAACACCACAAUGAAUGUACUGAACACAGAGAAAGCGGGGAACGGUUGUCUGCUCCCCCUGUAUGUUGAUGAUGACAAUGGAAACGAUAUUUCUGAAGCGGAAAACAUUCCCAAGCUCCCAAAGCACAACUGGAAUGUCCAUGUUGGUAUCCCGGGUACCGUGGACUUUGAAUGUACCAGUUUAGGUGGCAAGAGUGUAAAAGACGAUGGCAAACCUUAUGCAGUACAGGUGCCCUGUUCCUUUGAAUUGGAUGAGACGGUGGACUAUAUAAGCAAGGGCAUAGAAGAUGGAAUGAAAUUGAAGAAUGAGUUGUCUCAAGUUCAGGAUACUGGUACUUUAAACCAGCUCUAUGAACAAGAUGAAACUUUGGAUUACAUUAACCAGGAUUCUGCACGGCUAAAGGACUCUUUUUCAUCACACACUACAGCUCAUGCUUGUUCACAGUCUGGCAUUAAGGGCAAUGAGGAGCAGUCUGUGCUUUACUUACAGAAGUCCACGGAUGAAUAUUUUAACAAGUCAGGGCUGUCCAGGACUACACAGUUGACUUUGAAAGAAACUGGUGAGGCUUGCAGAAGUGUUUCUGCUGAGUGGGACCAUUUGCUUACGGUCACUGAUAAAGGUGCAAGCACUGACGGUGUAAAUCAUAAAAAUGGAUCAAAUGUAAGCAUGGUUUCUUUGUCAUGGGACCUUAGCGAUGAGAUGAUCGUGAGGAAAAAUAGUUUUGUUUCAAGCACCUCUGAAAAACCCCUGAGUACCUCUGUAUUAGAAAGUUCAGUGUUACCAAAUUCCUCCAUUGAUGUGUUUUCGGGGUCUGUAAAAUGGGCAAAUGGCGUGCCUGACAGCUGUCCGGGCAGUGAGCAACUCACAAAAGACUUGAGUUAUUUUGAAGUGCCUCAACACAGAGAUUCCAAAGAAAGGGGGCAGAUCGAGGCAUCUGCUACACCAGAACCUAGCGUCUUCACCAAUGAAGCAACCGCAAAAGAUUCAAAGGCGAUUACCUGCAGCACGGAGGACAGGAUAGAUGAAAACCACAUUUUAGGACCUGCUGAUGCAGUCAUGGACCGGAAUGGGAAAGAGGAGCGUAAUGGAAAAGGUGAUGAUGCAGUAUUUCUGAUGGAAGACAGACUCCAGACCAAUAACAUGAAUGGUACAUAUUCUGAAGACUUGCACGCUUCAAAGCCCUCUAAUAGGUGUUUGUCUUCCAGUACAGAGUCAAAAGACUUUCUGAAUAACCUGUCCGGGCCAGGUUGCGAGGACACUUUUUUAAUAUCUAGCCCUAAUUCCCAAUCGAUUAGGCAGGCGUAUACAUCUACGCCGUUACCGGAAUCUAAAAACAUUACUUUUGCUGUUCCAGUAUUGGAAGACAUUCUAGGAAAUGAUCAAAACAAUAAACUAAGUCUGGAUUCUGAGAAGGACCCCAAAAUAAGUAGCCUCGAAGCUUUCAGAGUUGGCUCUGUAAAUGGCAUGAUGAAACCCAAUAAUAAAAAGCUUAGUGUUGGGGCAGCAGCUAGCAAAGCAAAGAAAACUGAUGUUAUAAGCUUUCCUAAACCCAAUUUUAAGAACGUAAAACCAAAGGUGUUGACCCGACCAGCUUUAAACGCUAAAGACGGUGCAUCUUCAUCCUCUAAACCUUCUCCUAGAUCCCCUACACCCUCAUCGAAAGCACCUUCACCUGUUGCUUCUCCAAGAACUCAGUCGUCUGCCACCAGCACUUUAAGAAAAAAAACUCUUCUAGAGCACAACCUGAGAGCUGAAACAGGUAUUGCUAAAUCGCAGAAACAACCAAUUAGUAAGCAGCUCUUCUCCAGCCAAGGUGCACAUGUCCCAACCCAUUCGAAAGCUCCUCCAGGUAAAGUUCCCAGAACUGCUGCGUUAAAGCAGACUACGGAUGAGCUCGAAAGAGCCAGUUCUUCCAAUUCAGCGCGAUCCUCUCGCUCGGCUGCAGCUGUAACCUGUACGGCCGGAUCCAGACUGACAGAAAACAAAAGUGAAAAGGCGAAGGCUUUCCCGAAGCCUGCUGCCGUGAAUGCGGCACCCAUGGGGCCAGACAAGAUCGAGCAGAACGGCAACGAUGAUGCUUACGACAGAGAAGACUCUCAGAAUGGCAACUGCAUUUCAGGGGAUAUAUUUGCCAACAUAGUGCCUUUGUCUGUGAAAUUGGCGACUCCAACAAGGAAUCUGAAUAAGAACCUACUCUCUUGCCUGAGGAACACAACCGGCCAACCUGUGUCUACCGUCAAAUGCCGAGUCCUGCCAAGUGAUCAGAGGCGAGGUAGCACUGGCAGGAAUGUCGUAACUGUCAAGGUGCCUUCCCCUCCCAAGACAAGCACACAAAAGCUUACUGGGAUAGUACUAGACUCUCCCAAACGGAAGUCAAUUUCUGUGAAAGCUUCCGCAGCAGUCUUGACAAGAUCGCAACCUAGACCGAGAGUACCAUCUAAAGUACCCACCCUUCAGAGGACUUCAAGCGUGUCAUCAGUGUGCAGCACUCAGAGCGAGAAGAGCACGCUGAGUAGCAGGUCCACUACAAGCAGCCUCAAAACCGAAGAAGUUCCAGCAAAAUGUAUGAGGCAGAACGAUGGUCCAUGCGCGCAACCUCCCAAAACGGCACUUAUAAGGGGAAGGUCUCAGUCUCUCAAAGUUACCCAGACAGUAGGUACGAAGAAAAGUCCUGUGAUUGCUGGUGUUACAAAGUCUACGGUUUCUUCUGUGCCUUUAAGUAGAAGGUUUGAUUCCAAAAUCACAAAUGCUGUUGAAAAGGGUAAGCAGAAGACCAGCCCACGACCACCUGUCGCGCAGGCACAGACCCAACCAGUUACUUCAAAGGCGGAUGAACUAGCACAGUGCAAAAUCGUGUGUGAACAGCAAAGAGGAGUCAUCAAACAGUUGAAGAACCUCCUGACCAGCACUAACCAAAGGUUUGAAGCCCUGACGGUGGUCAUCCAAAAUCUGAUAAAUCAGCGCGAGGAGGCUCUGAAGAAACGCAAGGAGCUAUCUCAGGAACUUCUUAACUUACGUGGAGAUUUGGUGUCUGCAUCCAGCACCUGUGAGAGACUAGAGAAGGAGAAGAAUGACUUGCUGGUUGCUUAUGAAGGCAUCAUACAGAAGGUCAAGGAUGAACAUCAAGCAGAGCUGGCGGACCUGGAGGAGAGAUUGAAGCAGUUCUACACCGGCGAGUGUGAGAAGCUGCAGAGCAUUUUCAUCGAGGAGGCUGAGAAGUAUAAGAACGAACUCCAGGAAAAGGUGAAUGACUUAAAUGCUACUCAUGAAGCCUACAGGGCGGACAUAGAAGACAGCCACGAUGAUACCAUAGAGAGACUGAAACAAGACUUUGAGACAUCAUUAGCAGAGCUAAAAAUCAUACAGGAAAAUGAAAACAAAUCCCUAGAAGAAUCCUUUAAGGAGAAACAAUCUGAAUUGGAGAAAUCAAUUGAAGAACUGAAACAAGAGAAUGAGUCCUUAAAGGAGAAGUUGAAAUCCAAGGAAGAGCUAAGGAAAUUGGCCAAAGAGAAGUCUCCCCAGAAAAAUCCCCAGGUCGUGUAUCUGGAGCAGGAGCUGGAGAGUCUGAAAGCUGUACUGGAGAUAAAGAAUGAGAAGAUUCACCAUCAAGACAAGAAACUUAUGCAAGUAGAGAAGCUGGUUGAAACAAACACAAUCCUAGUGGAUAAACUGAACAAAUGCCAGUAUGAGAAUGAAGAUCUGAAGGCUCGUAUGGCAUCCCAUAUAGCUAUCUCAAGGCAGCUUUCCACUGAGCAGGAGGUUCUUCAGCGAUCUUUGGAAAAGGAAUCCAAGGCAAACAAGCGGCUCUCCAUGGAGAACGAAGAGCUUCUUUGGAAAUUGCACAACGGUGACCUGUGCAGCCCUAAGAAAUUAUCUCCAUCGUCUCCCGGAACCCCCUUCCAUUCGUCACGGAACUCGGCCUCUUUUACAAGCCCGACAGUGUCUCCCAGAUGACACCCCUACGGUGGCUAAAGACAUUCCGCAAAGAUUGUUUUGGACGUUUGAGGCAGAACGAAAUAAAACUUUGGUUAUAUACCUAUCAGAAAUAUGACUGGAAUUCAUGGUGUGGGUGAACAGUUCUGUAAUAUACUGGAAAACAGAAGCAAUGCUGUUAAAGACAAACUUUUUUUAUAAUAUAUGUAAAUGAACAUUAUUGCACAAAGCACUUACCUGGCAAGAUACAGCAACUCUUGCAUUUUUGUUUGCCUUUUUUUUUUCACCUACCGUAAGUUUAUAGGGAAAAAACCAGCUCAGGGCUUGUAGAUAAAACAAAAAAGAAAAUCACAAAACUUUAUAAAUCACCUGCAAUUUUUUGGGGGGUUUUCCCAUUUUUGAGGUGGGUGUGAUGUGAAUGAGACGGAUGAAACACAUUUAGUAUGCCUACUUCAUGCUGCCUUCUGUGCUCUCUACGUAACGAAGCAGAAAACCGUAAUUGUUUUUCAACAUGUAUCAUAUAUGGAAAAUAAUUCAUUCCCUUCCUAAGCCAGACAGAAAGUAGAUCUGCCGUUUCCCUUUGGAAUAUCUGUUAUGUUGCUUUAAAAUCUGUACUUUUUAAAUAUUGUUUUUUUCUUUUUGCCUUUUGUUUUCUCCAUUUAACCAACUACCGUAGUUGUCGAGUUUGGCAUGUUUAACAUCCUCAUUAAGUGUUCUGUUAGUGCCGUGACUUCAGCAAAUUUGUAAACUGCUUUUGUGUUACUCUAUGCAAAGUGACCCUGUAUGUAUGCGAUUUCAUCUUUCAGGUGCUAGAACUCUCAAAGAUGUAAAUACCUGUGUAAUACUUAAUAUUUGCAAAAUAAAGGCCUACGUUAAUUGAUA